CUACAACUCACUUCUUAGGAUAGAGGGAGCGGUGUGAGGGGGUACAUAAGACGAGCGUGCUGCCUGAGAGUUCUUCCCUCACCUGACCCAAAGCACGAUGCGGACCAUCCUCCUGGUCUCUGCUCUCUCCGCCCUCUCCGCCCUGGUAUCAGGUGCACCCGAGAAGCGCGCCGCAAAGCAGUACUGCCUCCCUUCGCAGCCAUGCUGGCCCUCUACCGCCACCUGGUCUGCCUUCAACCAGACCAUCGGCGGCCGUCUCAUCAAGGUGACGCCCUGGGCUGAUCCAUGUUUCAACAGUCCCAACGGAUAUGACGCACUGGCAUGUUCCGCGGUCAAGGCCGGUUACUUUGACGGUGACACGAGAGAUAAUCAAGUCGGCGUCACGCAGCUCGACAACUGGUCACAGUGCUACCGCGAUGCGCCAUUGUCAAGUGGCGACUGCACGUUGCCGGCGACCCUCACCGGUCUCAUCGAUCCGUUGCCGGUCACAGGCAGAACUUGCUCACUCGGCCGCAUCUCACCUUACGCUGUCAGCGUCUCUUCGCCUGAUGAUGCAUCAAAAGCGAUUGCCUUUGCGAAGAAACAGAACAUCAAAUUGGUUAUCAAGAAUACGGGCCAUGAGUAUCUUGGACGAGGCGUUGCCCCUGAUAGCCUGAUGCUGUGGACGCACAAUCUCCAGUCAAUGUCGUACCAGGAAAGCUUUCGGGGCAAGAAUGCUGUAAUCCUUGGCGCAGGAGUCAUCGCCGAGCAGGCAUACAGUUUCGCAGGUCAAAAUGGAAAGACGAUCACAUUGGGCGCAUACGGUAGCGUCGGCGUUGCAGGCGGUUUUGCACAGGGCGGUGGACAUGGGCCUUUGCAGCCUACCUACGGUCUGGCCGUCGACAAUCUCUUGCAGUUUACUGUCGUCACGGCGGACGGAGUUGUCCGGACCGCCAAUAGCAAUACCAACUCGGACCUUUUCUGGGCCAUGCGAGGUGGCGGCGGCGGCGUCUGGGGCGUGGUUACCGAGACUGUCUAUCAGGUUCACCCCUCGACCUCGAUGAUCUCCGUCCUGUAUACAAUGGAUUUCCUGCCGGCGAUCACUGACGACACGAAGUAUGCCGCCAUUGCCGACUUCCUUUCAGAGAUGGCACUCUAUCAGCAGAACUGGACACUGAUGGGUUGGUCAGGCUACAAUUUCGUCACAAAGGACAGCAUCCUCUUCACGCAGUUCCUCCCUUCAUCCGACCUGGCUGCCGCACAAGCGUCGAUGCAGCCGAUGAUUGAUUACCUCAACUCCAAGCAACUCACCUAUUGGACUGCUGUUGGCUCAACAGUGCCACCCACGCCCAACUUCGAGACGUGGCGAUUGGCUGUGCUUAACACAGGCAAGUCGGAGACGCCUGUCGCCUACACCGAGCGCCUCGCCUCUCGUCUAAUCCCUUAUACGGCCAUGGGAACGCAAGCGGCCCGCGCACAGCUGGGCAAAGAUAUUGCUGCAGCGUUCCGAAUGAACAAUGAUAACUCGAAGAUCUCGACGGCCGAUCAGCAGUAUCGCUACGGGCAGGAGUCGCUGCAGAUUUACGCUACAGGACCCAAGCCAAGCGCGUUGGGAGGGCCGACCGGUAAGGACACUGGCGUCAACACAGCCUGGCGAUCGAGUCUGUGGGAGAUCGUCAUCGAUUCCGUUUGGACUUACGGGAUGUCGCAGGCGGGUGCGAAUACCCUGGCACAGCAGACGAGCGACGCGGCUUCCAAGUACCUUCGGAAGUACGGCACGGGAACGUACUACUCAGAAUCUGAUGUACUCGAGCCCAACUGGAAAACGGCAUUCUUUGGCGACAACUACAAUCGCCUUCUCCAGGUCAAGAAGAAGUACGAUCCAGACAAUGUCUUCAUUGUCUGGAAAGGUAUUGGCUUUGAAGGACAAGAGGCUCAGAGCCAGUACCAGUGCUACAAAAAUGCUUGAUCGUUUUCGGAUGUACUGUAGCCCCCCGACUAUUCUCCUCCGUAAUGCCGAUUGACCUGAGAGGAGGAUGAGUCCAAUAUUCUACGCGCGAUAAAAAUAUGAGCCUCAGGAACAAAACAAAAACAAAAAAAAU